AUGGAUGCCCAACCCUUAACCGCUCCCAUGUCUAUCUCCUCCCUCUCCUGCUCGUCCGCCGACUCUUUCCGCGAGCCCACGCUGCACCCUUCGCACGACCGCUCGGCCCCGAGCCCGAUCUCGGACAGCCAGGUGCGGCGGUCAUGGUCGCUCAAACGGCUGCUGGGACGCGGCAGCCGCCGGUAUCGCGUGCUGGAGCGAGAACCGAAUCGGCUGCGGAAACGUGUCAGUGGGUGA